UUCUACAAUCAUCAUCUCCAAGCUUCUCAUCACUCCAUUGGCUGUUCCAUUUCUGCAUGAGCUGCGAUGUCUAAUACCGAUGUUAAAGAUCCAUUGCUACCGGGAACUGUGGGUUCUUCACUUCAGUCUCAUUUGAAGAAGGCAUUGAAGAGAAGAAAGAAUCAUGUCUCUGGUAGUGCUCCUGGUGAGGAGGUCCUUCAUCCAGAACAUAAUGAUGUGAAAACACUUCAUCCUCCUGGUUCUUUUGCACCAAACAGCCUUAAAUUCAGGCAUGUUUUCUUGUUCUUGGCUGUGUAUUUAGGCAUAGGGGUUGUCUGUUUUUCCCUCAUAAGAGAUCAGAUUGAGGGCAAGAAGACGAAUGGGGUUCUAGACGCCAUAUACUUGUGUGUUGUCACAAUGACCACAGUUGGAUAUGGGGACCUCGUGCCUAGUAGCACUUUAGCGAAAUUCCUUGCUUGUGUUUUUGCGUUUGCUGGAAUGGUCCUUGUUGGAUUUGUUCUGAGUAAAGCAGCUGACAGUUUUCUAGAGAAGCAGGAAAUCCUCUUUGCCAAAGUUAUACAUCUGCACAAACAUUAUGAUUCAACAGAAUUAGCCGACGUAGUUGAGUCCAACAAAGUGAAAUACAAAUUCCUAACUGCCUUGAUGCUCCUUGUUGGGCUAAUGAUAGCUGGAACUCUCUUCUUGGUUUUUGUCGAGGGGCUGACAGUUUUUGAUGCAUUUUAUUGCGUUUGUGCCACUAUCACCACGCUUGGUUAUGGAGACAAGAGCUUCUCAACAAAGCUGGGCCGUAUUUUUGCUUCUUUUUGGAUAGUUAUCAGCACCAUUUGCUUGGCACAGUUCUUUUACUACUUUGCUGAAGUUUAUACAGAACAAAGGCAAAGAUCGAUGAUCAAGUGGGCUCUUACAAGGAAAUUGACGGUGUCAGAUCUCAGGGCAGCAGACCUCGACAACAAUGAUGAAGUGAGUGCUGCAGAAUUUAUCGUUUACAAACUGAAAGAGAUGGGUAAGAUUACUGAUGAAGAUGUGAUGACCGUGAUGAAAGGGUUCAAAAUGCUUGAUGUUGAUCUGUCUGGAACAUUGGCCGAAUCUGAUUUAGUGCAGUCAGAGCCAUCUGAAUUAAAAGUUUGAUCAACUCUUAGACUUCAGGUUUAGCUACACCGUUCUCAACCAAUUGGAAAUUUGAACUCUUCCCAGUUUUGAACUAUCUGGUACUGCAAACCAGCGCUUUGUAAUUGUACAUAUUAAUGCAAGCACCUUGUAAAUGAAUAUUUUUAUAAACAGAAUCAAAUGUUGAGCACAUCCUUCCAAUAUAUUAUUCACUAUUCGGAGCA